ACAAGACAAGCCCAACGAAGAAGAAAGCAAUACGGUUAGUUUGUCUUUUAAACUGCUCCCCAAAUACACUGAGUUAUUCAAUUUCACUACUACUACAUACUGAGGACUAUUAAUAAAUAAUAGACAUUUGUGGCUCCACUCCCGAAAGAGCUGUUACCGCUUUUCAUCUCGGGCAAACGACAGCUAGCUAGAUAGCUAACACCCGGCUGAAAAUGGACACCCGGUUCACUCGAGGGAAAUCCACCAUCCUGGAGCGACCCUUGACCCGACCAAAGACCGAAGUCAGCAUCAGUGCGUUUGCAUUGCUGUUCUCCGAGAUGGUCCAGUACUGUCAGAGUCGGGUGUACUCCGUUUCGGAACUGCAGACACGCCUGGCUGACAUGGGGCAAAGUGUUGGAGCUGGCAUACUGGAUGUCCUUGUGCUGAGGGAGAAGAAUGGCAAGAGGGAGACAAAAGUGCUCAACAUGCUACUCUUCAUCAAGGUGAAUGUAUGGAAGUCUUUGUUUGGGAAGGAGGCUGACAAGCUGGAGCAAGCCAAUGACGAUGACAAGACUUACUACAUCAUCGAAAAGGAGCCCCUCAUCAAUGCUUACAUCUCUGUGCCCAAAGAGAAUAGUAGCUUAAACUGCGCCGCCUUUACUGCAGGCAUCGUGGAGGCCAUUCUCACACAUAGCGGCUUCCCCGCCAAGGUCACGGCUCACUGGCACAAAGGCACUACACUCAUGAUCAAGUUUAAUGAGUCAGUCAUAACUCGGGACAAGGCUUUAGAUGGCAGAUAAGGACAGCGGGAAAAACCAGGGAAGUUUUUUCUUUGUUUUGUUUUGUUCAUCAAUGCAGGACCACAAUCUAACUCUGUACAGUCUUGCAGGUCUUUAUUUUGGAGUAACCUAAAGAUUUAUUCCUAUUUUACUUUGUUAUAAGAAACUGCGGCCUCUUUCACAUCUAAGCCGACAUACCGAUGCCAGACGGGAGUUGAAGUGGACCAGGAAAUUUACCAGCUUCUGAUUUCAUAACUGAGAUGGAAUGCCGGAGACUCAAUGUCUUCACCUUUGUAGAAAGCAGCUGCAGUUGUCACCCUGAUGUAGGAUAUAUGGUUGGGGAAUUAAUCAUCUUAAUGGUGCACACUGCUUGUCCUGUUUCGACAAGUUCUACCUGACAGGCUAAUAAACCAAGGCUGUACGGUUUUACCCGAUGCGCCAACGCACAUAAAUUUGCAAUGUGCAAAAUGGCUUGUGAUAGGCAUGGACAACAUCCAAAACAAAAGAUGCUUUUAGUUGGUUCAAUUUUCUAAGUCUAUAGUCAUCAUGUCCCACUGUACAUCAUGCAAAAUUCCAAUUUGUACCACACUGAUUACAUCUCUUGUGAUUGUUUCAAUAUUGUACUGUAUUAUUGUAUUUGUCUAUAUAAAUAAUGGUAUGUGAGGUAUUUCAUUGA